AUGAGCACCUUUCUCGGUGCCAACUGCUGUCUUCGCGCCGCCCCGGCCCUGCGGCGCAACCUGCAGAAGCAGGCCCGGGCCGUGAGCUCCAGUGCUACCAGAGGAACCAUGCCCGAGCCCGUCGCCGGCCCAGCCCGGCUUUUCUCUUCGAUAUGGAUUUCCCCACGACAUCAAGGUCCUAAAGAGCAUGCGAGGACCUUCGCGCGAAACCAGCCCCAACAGCCAUGGCGCAUCUCCACGCGGCGCAUCGGGCAGCAGACGAGGACCUUCUUCGGGUCCUCGCGCGUGGUGACAAACUACGUUGACCUGCCUCCCGGGUACGAAGAUGGAGAGGGCCUGCCCUUCAGCAAGGAUGACGAACUGGACAAGGCCACCGUAACCACCAUCUUCGGGGGCUCCGCGGACAUGACGCCCUGGAGGGCCAACAAGCUGCUCAGGAUCCUGCACGGCCGUAGGGUCGCCGGCAGCCUCGAGGACCCGGAGGUGCGGGCCAACACCGCCAGCUUCACGGACCGGGAGAUCAAGCAGGGGCUCGACUGGCUCCGCGCGCAUGUACCCGUCGACGAGAUCACCAACGCGGGACUGAGGGCGGAGGACGAGCUGCGGGUUCUGGAGAGCGCAGCCGAGUCGGAGGCCGGCGCAGACGGCCCUGCCGGGGAAGACACGAGUGCCGGUAGGAAAUCAAGCCCCUGGCUGUACAGAGAGACCGGCGACAAGAACGUCUACGGGGAGAGCAUCAUCGACAAGAUCCGCGCGCGCAACGUGGCCAGGCGCGAGGCCGAGGAGAAGGCGCUGGAGGAGAAGCGCAAGCUCGAGGAGGAGGCGGGCCAGCAGAACUGGGGCGGCCUUUCGACCACGCAAGGCGGAGGCGCCCGCCAGGUCGCCAUGAGCGCCAAGGAGGAAGCCUACCGCGCCGAAGCGACCUCGGGCCUUGAGGCGCCGCCCGAGACCCCGAGGUGGCGCCUCCUGCUGCCGACGACCGUCUUUGUGGCCGCGCUGGUGCCGCUGCUGUGGUGGGCGUCGGGCUUCUACAGCGUGCCGCCCGAGGACCGGCGGCUCGUGCCGUGGCUGACGCAGGGGAACGCGACUGUGUACGCGCUGAUGCUGGCGAACCUGGCCGUGUUCGUGGCGUGGCGGCGCAUGGGGGCGUGGAAGUUCCUGAACAAGCACGCCAUCCUGGACAUGGUCGAGCCGCGGCCCCACGGCGCCGUGACCGCCAUCUUCUCGCACCAGGCGGCCUCGCACCUCGCCGAGAACAUGUUCGUGCUCUGGCUGCUCGGCGGCCUGCUCCUCCACGGCGGCGACGCCAGCCGCGCCGAGUACCUGGCCGUCUUCGUCGGGUCCGGGGCCGCGGGCUUCCUCGCAUCGCUGUACAAGUGCGUGCUCACGCGCCACCUGACCUACGGCCUCGGCGCCUCCAGCGCCGUGUUCGGCGUCAUCUGCUGCUACUUCUGGCUGCACCGCUUCGAGGGCUUCAAGAUCCUCGACCUGCCGCCCGACCCGGCCAACGGCAUACAGGGGCUGGGCAUCAUCGGCCUCAUCGUGGGCCUGAACCUGAUCCCGAUUUUCAGGCGGCUGCCGGGCCAGAAGGACUGGAUCUCGCACCUGGCUGGUAUCGCGACGGGGAUCGGGUUCGCGAGGUUGAUAGAGGAAAGACGAGAGGGCGAGAAGAAGAACGAGGAACCCAAUCUGGAAGGGGAGAGCGCCAACAGAGGUAGCGAGGACAAGGCUAAGGGCAAGCAGAACUCAUGA